AUGUUAGAUGAAAACUUGUCAUGCCUACUGGAUGAAAGUGACGAUGAUUGUAUUAAGAAAAACAAUAAAAAAAAUGAAUUGAAAAAUAAUAAGCAAACACCCCAUUCUUCCAAGGGAAGUGUGCAAAAAAGUAAUAAGCAAAAUCCAUUAAGCUCUAUACUAAAUUUCAAUAUUCGGAAUAUUGGGAAUUUAGAUAGUUUUUUUAAAAAUAAUAAUGACGAAAAUAGAAAUGUAAGCAACAACAGUAGCUGCAUCAAUACUACUGAUCAUUUUAAUUAUCAAAAUUCCCUUCGAAAUAAUUCCUUCUUUUAUAGUAAUAUAAAUGGCGAGGAUGAUGAUAAUACAAGCACGUUAGGAAAAGGAGAAACAAAUAAAACAAAAAAUUAUGAACAUGUCAGCAAAAAAUGUUAUAAAAAUAAUAAUUUACAUGAACAAAAAAAUGCUCAGUUAAAAAAUAAUAAAAGUAGCAAUAAUAAUAGUCAUAAAAUUGCGGUGAACUCUGAAAUGCACGAAAGUGUAAAUAAUACGAAUUGCACAAAUAAAAAACAAACCGUCCACGGAAUUGGGAACCAUUGCAAGUUAAGCAAAAAUAAAAAUUCAGAAUUGCCAAAUAAUGCAAUAAAUACAAAUUAUGAUAUUAAUAAUAAAGAAGAAGAUAAAUUAUAUAUGAAUACGACAAGGAAUAUAUCGAGAAAGAUACCUAGACAUGAAACAAAUUUGUAUAAAGAACAUUUUUUAAAAAAACAAAUAAAUAACGAUCAAAUAUUUCAAAGAAAAGAAGCUUAUAAUAAUGAUGACGAUGCUACACUGGGAACUAAUAUAUGUAAUUGGAUUGAUGAAAAUAAUAUAUCAAAUGGUGAUAUUAUGAAAAUAACCAAAAAUAAAAAGAGUAAUGAACUGGUUUUACAUAAUAAUGAAAUAGUAAAAAAUACAUUUUCUAAUUAUUCAUACCUAAGUGAAAAAAAUAAUAUAAAUAAUGAGAAUGAUAUGAAUUUUGAUAGCUUGUUAAGUUUCGAAACAAAUAAAAAGAGUUAUUCAACAUCCAUAUUAAAUAACAUCGAUUCAUAUGAUACGCUAAAUUUAAAAAAAACAGAUUUACAAAAUAUUAAAAAUAAUAUAAACGAAUUGACAAAUAAUAUUCCAAGUUAUAUUAGUAAAGAACAAAUUAAUAAAGAUGCUCCAUUUUUGAUUGAAAACAAUUUAAUUGAAAAUGAAAAAUUAUCAUCAAAUAUAUAUAAUAAGAAGGAUUAUGAUCGAAAUAAAAAAUUAAUAUAUUGUUAUUCAUUUAUAAAAUAUAAUUCCUGGUUAAAAGCCUUAAAAAUCUUGAACCUCCCAAUAGACCCAUUCCAUUUGAGUAUUAAUGCACAUAAAUAUUUUCGAAAAAAUAAUAACACAAAUAAUAAUGAUUCUUUUCUUUAUAUAUAUAAUAUACAUAAUAUUUUAAAAAAUAAACAUUUUUCUAAUUAUAAAAUUAAUAAAAUGAUUGUUCUUAUAAAAAAUAUAAAAUGCCAUAAUCAUGGUUAUUUUAUUAUUUGUAUGGAUCCAUCAGGUCAAAUGCCUGCAUCUUUACAUCACGAAAUUGAAAAAGAAUACAAAAAAUAUAUAGAUGUAGGUUCAACACUAAUACUUAAAGAUGUAACAGUUUUUGAAACUAUAGAUAAUUUACCAUAUCUAAUUAUAACAUUAAGAAGCCUUGUUCGAGUUAUAAAAGCCGAAGAUACACAUUAUUCAGUUAAAGACGAAAUAUAUAAUAAAAUAUGUUCAUUAAUAAAAUAA